AUGAUAACUCUUACGUCAAUAAAUAGUUUUAUAGAAGAUGAGGAAGAAGCAAUUGAAAAUACUAAUACAUUUGAUAACAGAGAUAUUAUUCCACAUGAAAUUUCCAAUGAUAAUCCAGACCAUAAUAUUGAAACCAAUGUUAAUAUGGAUUUUAACCCUGAAAAUCUCGUUGAUACUAUUUUGAAUGAUGAAUUGGACUUUUAG